CUUCUUUCCGUCCGUUGCCUCGCCUCGUCUCGCCUGGAUGGACUCCGACUCUGCUACUCACGAGAGACGCCGCCAGAAGCUCACAAAGCUUCCCAAGCAGCAGCACUCUUCCUCCUCCGCUACCACCCUCGGCACCACCUCCCACUCCGCCUCUACUCCGCGAGACUCAAAGCUCUCGUCCCAGGCGUCCGACCGUGCCAACGCCGCGGCUACACCGUCACAAUCGCCGACUCGCGACUUGCUUGGCUACCCUCUGACACCAGGCGAGCCGCCCUCGCUCAAACCUUCGCAUCUCGCACACGCGCCCACCGCGCUCUCGCAGUCGUCGUCGACUCAACUCAUUGGCCCGGCCUUUGACGCCGAAGCUCUUAUUAGCCAACUCGACAACACCGCGCACCACGCUGCUGCGCGCUACCAACCUGUUUCAUCUGCUUCGCUGCACUCUUCGCGUUCCCUCACCACUGUACCGGCAGUUGGCUCCACUUCCACAACAUCCACCACCAGCCAGCAGACGUCACUACCACCCUCCUCACCCUCUUCUUCGUCCUCUCCACAGACACCUCAGUUGCCCUUCACCGCCGUCCCAAACUUGCAACACGCUCGUACACUCGACGAGCGGUUGCUCGGCGCGCCCAAGCUCCGCACGAGCCAGAGCCACGUCGCGCUCGCUGGAGAGCGCACCAUGGACCGUAUCACCCCACCUCGUUCAGAAACCAGCAGUACUGGCACAAAGUCGCCUAGUCAGAGAUACUCGGACGAGGCCCGUCCGGACGUCGGGGGCAAGAAAAAGAGCAUGUUUGCAAGCUUCCUCAACGGCGUCAAAGGCUCGCCCCGCAGGCCAACCAUCUCCAGCCCGGUCAAUCCCACACAUCUUACUCACGUUAGCUUCGACCAAAAUACAGGCACGCUGACCGGCCUACCGCCAGAAUGGCAACGACUUUUGCAGCAGCACGGUAUAUCCGAAGAGGAGCAGAAACGCAAUCCGGACGCCAUCGAGAAGGUUGUCGGCUUCUACACCAAACAGAGUGAACGGAGUUCAGACGAAGGCGUUUGGCAUAAGUUCGAUAAUGCAAAGGCCCAGGCGAGGGAGUCACCUCCGCAUCUCCCCUCGACCUUCCCCACUGCCAGUCCUCUCAGUCCACCCGUCGGCACUUCCUUCCAACCCCUCAGUCCACCCGCGAGCCCACGAUUCCCUGUCAACACGCCGGAUAGCUUUGAAAAUCCUCGAGCACCCCCUCCGAUCCCGCGAAGCACCCCGGCUGGUGGCAGCAGUGGCGGUAGUCAAAUCUCGCCUGCGACGAUGACACCUACCUUGAUACCCCACCGUCCGGCACCGAGACCACCAGGAGGUGCAGUCACGUCGCCCAUCAUUCCCACGCGAACUGCCCCAUCCGUUCCAGCCUCGCCGUACUCGCCCGGUGACGCUGCCGCGUCUCAGCAGCUGCAGCAUGCCGCCACCACUAUUUCCGACUCGCAACAAGUUCAGCAGCCCGGUCUCAGCCGGAGCAGAUCGAAUGCAGGCCAACCUGCGUACCACCAGCCGAGCCAAAAUCCCGCCCAGCUGUACCAGUACCAGCAAGCCCAGUCCGUGCUGGCUGCGCAACAGGCCGUCAAGGUUGGCCAGCAAGGUGUGUUACAACGCAGCCAGAGCACACGCGCUCCCAUGCAACGCCAAAUCACGCCGCCAACUGGCGAAGUUGCAAAGUACACACCAGCACCGCCCGUACAGGCCGCGCCCGCCCCUACGCCCGUCCCGCCCAAGGCAGAUGCCCCCGUGCCCCGGGCUCGCCCGCGCGUGCGUCAGAGCUCGGGCAUCGACAUUGUAGCGCGUCUGCGCGAGAUUUGCACGCCUGCCAACCCGAAGGAGCUGUACUGCUCGUUUAACAAGAUUGGCCAGGGCGCUUCUGGCGGUGUAUACACGGCAAUCGAGCGUGCCACCAACCGGUGCGUGGCCAUCAAGCAGAUGAAUUUGGAACAGCAGCCAAAGAAGGACCUUAUAGUGAACGAGAUCCUGGUCAUGCGAGAAAGUCGUCACAAGAACAUUGUCAACUUUAUGGACAGCUACCUAGUGCAGGGCGACCUGUGGGUCGUCAUGGAGUACAUGGAAGGAGGCAGCCUCACGGAUGUGGUCACGUACAACAUGAUGACCGAGGGGCAGAUUGCCGCUGUGUGCAGAGAGACACUACAGGGGCUGCAGCACCUACACUCCAAAGGUGUUAUCCAUCGUGACAUCAAGUCCGACAAUGUGCUUCUCUCAAUGGAAGGCAACAUCAAACUUACUGAUUUCGGCUUUUGCGCACAAAUUGAUCAGGCACAUACCAAACGCACCACCAUGGUUGGCACGCCGUAUUGGAUGGCACCUGAGGUCGUGACGCGUAAGCAGUACGGACGUAAGAUCGACAUCUGGUCACUAGGCAUUAUGGCCAUCGAGAUGAUCGAGGGAGAACCUCCGUAUCUGAAUGAGUCUCCGCUCCGUGCACUAUUCCUGAUUGCAACAAACGGAACGCCGACGAUCAAAGAUCCGGAAAACCUGUCAGAGUGCUUCCAUGACUUCUUAAACUUUGCCCUCAAGGUAGACCCGGAGAAGCGGGCGAACGCUAGUGAUUUGUUGUCGCAUGAGUUUAUUCAAAAGGCGGAUCAUCUCUCGACGCUAAGCCCGCUGGUUAUUGCAGCGCGAAAGGCCAGAGCUGAGGAGCGGCGAAAGAAGCACGCUCAGCAGGGUCCAUGAUCGACGGGCGCUUGCAAGAUACUACACUCUUCUCUCCUCUCUCCUCUCCCCAUGCUCUGUGGUGCGGCGAGGGAUGCCUGCCUUGGCCAUCAGCAUCGCCAUCUUCAUCCUCCCUUUGCCUUCUGCGACAUAUUCUGUCGUACUACUAAUGCAUGAUCAUCGGGCUUCUGGGCCAUUCUCAAGCGCAGCGAGAGCCGUAUGUUAGUUCAAACUCACGAAGGAGCCAGGAGUUUCCCUUGUCUUCUUCGUGACGACUUUCCGAGGCACAACAUGUCUGUUCUUCUAUAAGAACAGGUGUCCCUGUCUACGCGCGAACGUCACGCAGAUCUGUAUUGGCGUCCAUCUGUGUCAUCACUUUACGCAUGGCACCAAAAGACUCCAGUCAACUAACAUAUUUGACGAUUUUUGCUCCAACACUGCACUGCUCUCUUUUCUAAUCUGUGGGAAAUCUCUAACAGUGGAACGUAAAGAUGGAGUAGUUGCUUUUCAACAUGGGUGUGAUUCACGUACAGCGAUAUCUAAACCUCGAGACGAAAACUAGUCUUCGUACUUUUUUUCCCUUCUUAAAAUAUGGGGUAUUCACAGCAUAUGACAUACCCAUCCCUUAUAUUUUACACAUAUACGCUCCACACGGCUCACGCAUGACGCAUCAAAUGUUCACAACGGUCUCUACCGAUAGAGGGAUAUCGGAUCGUGCAAAGCGAUUUUUCCUUUUAGUGGCGCGGCAUGAUUACAUUUUGUUCACUUCACGGAAUUUUCUUCGCGGCUACCACACCUGUGCGCGCAGAAGGCUUUGUCACCAAUUCCUGCUUGUGCCUCUUCGUUUCUCUGCUAGAGACAGAAAGGCCAUAAAGAGAGGAGCAAAGAGGUCACGAACAGGUCACGAACAUAUGCGGAAAUGUAUACGACUCGGCUUACUCCUGAUACCUUAAUUUUUGUGCAUAUGGUGGGCAAGGACGCUCUUUACACUUUUUCCAUUGUACUGCAAAAUGUGGUCGGUUUUGUUGGGGAAAUGGGAAACGCAAAAAAGCAAGAAAGAAAUGUUAGUUUUAUUCUUCUUCCUCAUAUAAAGGUUGCCGAGUUGAAAGCGGAUGGGAUUAGCUCGCUGUGCUAGAAGAUCUCUUCUUAUUUUGCUUCACAUUUAUUGUGGCUGAUGUAGCCUUGCAAUCCAUUUCGCGGGCAUAUCCCGAAUGUAAAAGAAUGAACAAGUGCCAAACCCAG